CUUCAAAAGGAUGAUGAUGAUGCAUUGGAGAGGACUGUGGUUGUUGGUUGAGAGAUGCUGAGAAGAUAUCACCAUGAUCUUCCGUACCCCUUCAAUCCGAUCCUUGAUCAAGAUUGGUUUGAUGCUCUGUAUUGGAUUCCUACUACUCCUCGCCAAACUAGAAACAUGCACCAACACCAUCACCGAUGGCCGUCUGGCCGUCAGAGACCUCCUGGCUCAGGCUCAACCGUUCGCAAACAACGGCGAGAUGGACCGCAAGGAGGAUUGCAUGGUCGCUCUUAGCGAGCAGGAAGAGCGUCACCGUACGGAGAUUGCGGCCCUUAAGCAGCAGAUUCUUGAUCUGAAGACUGAACUGACCAAAUAUGUGGAGAACAUUCAACAGUUAGAGGAACCUAUGGCUGGUGGAGAGGCAGCUGCAACCGCUCGACUUGCCAAGUACUUUGAUCGCGAGCAUGGUCGAGAGCUCCUUGACCACAUGCAGAAGCAGAUGGGUAAGAUAGAGCGCCACCGCCCGCUUCGGGAUGAGUACGAUGUAGUGCCUUUCAGUAGUUUGACGUCUAAGCUUGUCUAUAGCAUGGAGCAAGGGCUUUCCAAAAGGCCAUCACAACGUCCAAAAGGUGACCGCAAAGAAGAAUUAGUAGAAGCUGUGUAUUUUGCCAUUGAUGAACUAAAUAAGAAGAAAGAAACUUCUACAGAUUUCUCCAUUGACAACUUUGUUGAUGGUAUAUACAGGACAGAUAGGACUGUGGGAACCUAUUACAAUCUUGUUUUUCGUGGUAUGCAUGAGAACUAUUAUUACAGCAUGCAGCUUCUACGACCCUUUGCACCCAUACAAAAGUAUAAAUCACAAAUAGUAGACACUAGCCGUAUAGUUAUCAAUAUUAUCAUGCCUUUAUCGGGGAGAAUAGAGAAGUUUAGGACAUUCAUGGAGCGUUUCCAGACAGUGGUUUUAGAAACUAAGAUCCAUGUCUUCCUGACUAUAGUGUACUUUGGGAACGACGGUUUGAUAGAAAUUCAUAAGAUUCUUGGAGACAUUACAGAACCGUUUAGGUUCCAUAAUUAUAAGAUAAUAACACUUUCAGGAGAGUUUUCGAGAGGUCGGGGAUUAGAGGAAGGUGUCCGGAGCUGGGAUGGUCCUGAUGUCCUGAUGUUCUUCUGUGAUGUGGACAUCGCUUUCAACCGGGAGUUCCUUGAGCACUGUCGCUACUACACCAUCGCAGGACGUACUGUCUAUUACCCCAUGGUGUUCAGUCUGUACAAUCCAGAGAUCGUCUACUCCACCCGCGAGCAGAUUCCUAAUGAAAGUGAUAUGUUCCACAUACACAAGGAUUCUGGUUUCUGGAGGGACUUUGGCUUCGGGAUGACCUGUCAGUAUCGCUCAGACUUCAUGAACAUCAAAGGUUUUGAUGUUGACAUGAAAGGAUGGGGUGGAGAGGACGUGUAUCUUUACAAGAAGUAUCUCCAGUCAGAGAUGAAAGUUAUAAGGGUACCUGACGCAGGUAUCUUCCACACCUAUCAUCCAAAGGAAUGCUCUGAGAACCUGACAGCAGAGCAGUAUCAUAUGUGCAUCGGGUCAAAGGCUCGCAGUGAAGCAUCCCACUCUCAGCUUGGUAGAUUAGCUUUCAAAGACGAUAUCAACAUGACACUGUAUUUAAUGGGUGAUCCAAAGCAUCAUCCUCCACAUUGACCAAUCAGGAAACAGAACUUAACAUGACCAAGUGUGACUGACCAAUCAGAAGACAGAGCUCAUAAUGACCAAGAUAGACUGACCAAUCAGAAGACAGAGCUCAUAAUGACCAAGAUAGACUGACCAAUCAGAAGAAGAAACUCUGCAUGACCUUGUGAGACUGACCAAUCACCAGUUGUUUAUUCAGAAACAAAAUUUUUGUAGGCAUGACAUAUUGGAAUUUUUUUUUAAAUGAUGAAAUGAAAGUAUGAAGUGUUCGAAUCAAUGUUAUAGAUACGUUUAACAUUUCUUGGUAAUAAAAAAGUUCAAUUUGGUUUCCGACUUAUCCAAGAAAAUAAUUUAAAUGUACAACUCUCUUUAAUCAUCAUCUCAUAGUCUAUUGAUCAACUCUUUAUAUUUCUGUUUUAAGAUCAUCUCAUGACUUUGUAAUACUCAAAUCUUUGAUGCUAGCAUUAAUCAGCUGAACCGGACCGUCGAUCAUUAACAGUAUUUGCUCUAUUUAUACAUGUAAUUUUAAAAUCUUUAUUGGACAAAAGAUGAUUUAGACACUUCCACUGUAUAGGACAUUGUGAUUAUAUUUUUCAAAGAUGUGUGUUAAUUGAUCUGAUCAUGUUCAAAGUAUGCUUGUAAAGAAUAUUUGCUAUUUUUCUAUUACAACUGUGAAAAGAUAAAUUGUAGAGUCUAGAAAAGAAAAGUUUGAUUGUGAUGUAGCUUGCCAGUGCCUACUUUUACAUGCCCUCUCAAAUUUCAAUGACAAAUGGACAUGCUUUUGAUAGUUUUACUUCAUUCUUCCCCGCUUUCACCAUAAUUAAAUGUACCAGAUUCUGUACAAACUAUUGAACAAAAGAGAAUUAGAAUGGUAUUGUAAGAAACUUUUUUGGGGGGAGGGGGCAAUUGAUUGCAAAUUUCUACUGUAAAUCUUAAAUUGUUGGUGAAUGAUAACUUUCCACAAGAAGUAGACAAUGGGCUCUGUUGUAGAGAGCUGCAAGAGAUUCAAAUAUUCAAAUUGAAUUCCAGGUAUUGGGUCAUAGCAUCUGGCACACAUUUUGCUGGUCUAGGCUUUACACGUAGGGAGGGUCAUGCAUACAGAGUCUAUAAGAGAAAGUUUUCUCAAGCAGCCUUAUGACUGAGAACUCCCGGAGCCCCUCUUACAAAACGAUUGGUCCAAUCAAUCGUAACUCUAUGGAAAUACAUCAGUGUCAUAAUUUUUUUCUACAGGAAAUUUGCAAAAUGUCCUUUGUAAACAAAGGAGAACACACCAUAUUGUCAAGAAAUCAAUGAAUUUAUGGAUAUACAUUCAUAGAAAAUUCUAGAAAAUGAUUUGAACAAACAUGCAUUUUAUUUGUUGACUUUGCUGGCUUUCCAUAGAUGCGAUUGAUCGGAUCAUUCGUAACUCUUUGUAAGACGGGGCCCGAUCUUAACUACAUCCCUUCUGAAUUCCUAUCUCUUAAUUGCAUGAACACAAUUUGAGAUCAAUAUCAGUUUAAUUUUGAAUGAUUUGAACAAACAUGCAUUUUAUUUGUUGACUUUGCUGGCUUUCCAUAGUUGCGAUUGAUCGGAUCAUUCGUAACUCUUUGUAAGACGGGGCCCCGAUCUUAACUACAUCCCUUCUGAAUUCCUAUCUCUUAAUUGCAUGAACACAAUUUGAGAUCAAUAUCAGUUUAUAGUUUGAUUUGAAUCAAUCGCAUGUCUUUGUGAGAUGAACCCCAGCAGCCAAUUGAAAUUUGAUGAUCAAUUGGCUGCCUUAGAAUUGAUUAUAAGACAUAAAAUUGACUUGCACUUAAUUACAAUUUUCUUGCAUCCCCCUCCCCCCGGAAUUGGAGAUUGUGAGAGAAACAUCUGCAAACAUUUUGUAAUUAAUUUUUUUUAUUAUGUAUCACUGUCAGUAAAUUCUUGAUUUUUCAAAAACUCUUUUGAUAGUAUCAAACACAUUGAAUUUCCUUAUUUUUCAACAUUUUAACCCUAUUUUCCUUUGAUUUAAUGAGUUUCCAGGAAGGGCUGAUAUUGAUGAUAUUAUUUUGAUUGAACUAAACUUAAUGGUUACAUUACAAGUGAUGUUCCUGAAGUUCAUGUGUAUAAAGCACUUGCACAUACAAGCUGUCUUGGUCAGAGCGUAAUGUUAAAUAUAAAAAAAAAGCAGGAAAUGGGCUUUGCGGAAAUCCCAGAAUUCAUUUGCUUGGCAGGGAAAAUGGAACUGGCUUUUGGUGACUCAUAUCCACAUGUAUUCUGGAUUGCAAUGAAAACUUAUAAUCCAGGGAUGUUUUCUCAAUAUUCCCCCAAACCUGACAAAUUUGAGAUCUCUGCCAAAAUUUAAAUUAUCCAGAGUCACACCCAACUAUAAGGCCCGAUUUCACAAAGCUGGUUUUGAAAACCCACGGUUGAGUCCAUGGUUUAUGCAGAUUUCCUAUAUAAAUUAUGCUUAAUUUAGCGCGCAUCGGGCGCGUGUAUAAAAAAUGUCCAAUGCUGAAGCGCGCUUUUGUCACAGUGCGCCAAAUUGAUGCCUGUUACCAUGGUUAGAUACGCUAUUUUAUUCACGAGUCCACUGUUUGAAGAGUGGACUCAUGAAUAAAAACAGUGGACUCAUGCAUAAUAUAGCGUAUCUAACCAUGGUAACAGGCAUCAAUUUGGCGCACUGUGACAAAAGCGCGUAUCAGCAUUGGACAUUUUUUAUACAUGCGCCAGAUAUGCGCUAAAUUAAGCGUAAUUUAUACAGGAAAUCUGCAUAAACCAUGGACUCAACCGUGGGUUUUUAAAACCACCUUUGUGAAUUCGGGCCUACAGGUUUAAUCAUGUUAUACCUGAUGAAUUUCAUUUCAAUGAAAUAUAUUUUCCUUCAUAGAUAUGAUGGUCAUGUUACUCUUAUUCAAUAGUUGUAGUUAGCUAUAUGCACCUACAUGCAUGAGGUAUCUCAAGAUUGAAAAUUUAUUUUUUAUACCAAAAAACAUGAAAUAUACGCUUUCAUGUUUUUAAUAACUCAAUCAUAGCCUUGUAAAUGAGACUUAUGUUGGGGGUUGAGACUUAUUUCAAAUUUUAUUUAAAAAAAACAACAUUAUAGCCAAUUAGCCUUUUUGGCAAGAUCAAUGAUAAUGCAUAUGUGUACGGGUCUCUACGAAGCCAGUAAAAGUUAGAACCGAGUGUACAGGGAAUGUACAUUAUAACGAUUGUUACCAUAACUGUCCAUGAAAUAUAGUAUUUUGCAAUUGUGUGGUGUUGGUAUGGAUCUUGACAAUUCUAUUUUAGUGACAUUGCAUUCCAAAUUGAGUAUAAACAUGUAUUUUUUCUGUUUAUGAUUUGAUUAUGAUAGUAAGAUAAUAAUUAAGUAGUGUGUAGUUUUAUCAUGUGUUUUGAUUGAUUUACUGAAUCCAUGUCAGGCAAAGUAUAAUUACAUUUCAUGAUUUAACAGCGAUAUAGUUGAGUGGUCCUUCUUCGGUAACCAGCUGUUUUUGUCAGAAAGUUACUCAAUUUUGUUGUGGAUUGCUUGUGAUUGUAGUGGUAAUGGCGACAGCUCAAUCUCUAUACUGCACUCGCGCAAUGACACAGGUUCUAAUCCCCCUCUCGAUAAUUAAAAUCAAUAAUUACUUUUUCAGUUAUACACAUUAGUCUGAUAACAGCGUCUAUUCUGUUGGAAUUAAAUCAGGCAGUCGUGAAUUUUGACAAUAGAAACAAGAAACUUUACUAAAUAUCCACUUGAUCUACUGGAUUUAAUGGUGGUUGAAAAAAAAAUUGGCCUUUAAUCAUAUCUCAAACUACUUCGUAGUAUUUUCAUUCAUCCUUGCCAUUGUAUUUUAAUCUAGUUUUCAUGAUAUACUCAAAGAUUUCUGUGCUGAUAUAGCAAGUGGACAUACACAUUAAUGUGCUAAUUAGAAGCAGUAUUUUAAUGUGCUACUCAAUUUCUGGAUUUCUGGCAUGUGCUACUUAAUUUCAUAUUAAAUAUCUUACUGCGUGUUAUUGUGCUAUUUGUUCAGACGAACAAUGUAGUUGUGCUUUUUACUAUGUAGUAUUGUGGUAUAAAUUAUUGCAGGAAAAG